CACUGUUUGACCGGUUCCGUUUUAUAACCGCGCGUCCUUUUCGCCAAGUCCCUCGUCUCACUUUAUCCGCCAUCGCAUCACACAUCCACUUGCCCAUCACACAUCACACAUCGACAUCCUCUCUUAUCCAUCUUACUCACGACCUCCCUACACUCUCCUCUUCCUCUCCAACACCUAACACGUCACACUCCUUACUACCCCCUCCCCCCCUCCCCGACAAUGACCGCCGACACCUCCACCGACCGGCCCGUCGUCGACACGGCAGCGCCCGAGUCGACAACGUCGAGCACAACCAACAGCACCAUCCUGUCCGAGAAAUCGUCGUCGACACCCUCAACACCCGGCACGAGCACAGCCCCGCUCACGCCACUCACGCCCAAGGAUGCAAAGGCCAAGCUCAAGAAGGAGAAGGACUCGAUCUCGCGCUCAAACUCGCUCCUCGACUUGCUACACGUGCCCACGCCGGAACCUAUCAAGUUCGCACCCCUCAACGUCCCGACGCACCGGCGUGCCCAGACGGCCGCCGUCGCCGUCUGGUCCGUCAUGAUCCCCAUCACGUUCACCGCCUUUUUCGGCGCCUUCAUCUUCCCAUUCCUCUGGCCAUUCCUCAUCGCCUAUGCCAUCUGGUUCAUGUUCAUCGACAAGGCAUGGGAACGUAAGGGCGGCAGGUCGCAGGAGUGGGUCCGUCGCUCUGCCUUCUGGCGCUACUUUGCGAGCUACUACCCUGUUCGCACUCUCAAGGAGGCCGACCUCCCCGCCGACCGCAAGUAUGUGUUUGGCUACCACCCCCACGGCAUCAUCUCGAUGGGUGCGCUCUGCACCUUUGCGACCGAGGCGACAGGGUUCUCCGAGCUCUUCCCCGGAAUCAAGCCUCAUCUCCUCACCCUUGACUCCAACUUCCGCGUGCCUUUCUACCGCGACAUCCUGAUGGCUAUGGGUAUCUCGUCCGUCUCCAAGCGCUCGUGCCGCAGCAUCCUCAAGAAGGGUCCAGGCAACUCGAUCGCCAUCGUCAUUGGCGGUGCCUCCGAAUCGCUCUACGCCCACCCCGGCACACACAACCUGACGCUCAAGAAGCGCUUCGGCUUUGUCAAGGUCGCUAUCCGUGAGGGUGCCGACCUCGUCCCCGUGUACGGCUUUGGCGAGAACGACAUUUACGAGCAGCUCCCCAACGAGAAGGGCAGCGGCGUGUACAAGUUCCAGAAGAACUUCCAGGCAAUGUUCGGCUUCACCUUCCCCCUCUUCCACGGCCGCGGCAUCUUCAACUACAACUAUGGCCUGAUGCCCUUCCGCCACGACAUUGUCACUGUCAUUGGCAAGCCCAUCAAGAUCAAGCAGAACCCCAACCCCACGGACGAGGAGGUUCAGGAGUACCACAAGCUGUACAUUGAGGGUCUCCAGGAGAUCUGGGACAAGUACAAGGACGAGUUUGCCAAGGACCGCACCUCUGAGCUCAAGCUUGUUGCGUAAGCCUCCCUAGUAUCGUGUAUGCAUCUAUCAGCGUCGG